ACCAAAAGGAACCCAUAAACCUUUUGUGAUAACCACAAGCACUACCAACACCACCACCAAAAUUACCAUUAUAUCAAAACCCUUGCUUCCUUCAAUUCCCUCUUCAUCCAACAACACAAACACAAGCUUGGAUUUUUAGGUCUGUUUAUUGGUUCCUUCUUGUAGCAGAGAAAGUGAGAAACUAAGUAUGUGGCGUUUUCUGAGUGUGGUGACAAGAAAACUGCAGAACACAAAGAAGAGUUCAUCAAGAGUGGCUGAUGAGAACAUGUUUGAGGGUGGUACAAACGGUGGAAGAAGAGAGCAUAGUUGGAGUGGAAUCUCUGUUAUAUAUGGCAUUCUUCAUGCUCCCGUUUCAAUUCUCUCAUGUGUGUCUCAUCCUGAAGCAAAUGGAUCAGAUGGGGUUUGGGUUUCUGGUGAAUUUGUGCAGAUUUCUGAAAUGAAUCAUCUUAUGGUAAAUGACAGCAUGAGAUAUGCAAUUUUGAUGUAGCAACUCAAAUACUAUGUGAAUAUAUAUUGUAGCUUUUUUUUUUUUUUCCUUUCUUGUAAUUGUUUGGCUUGGCUUUCUCUAUGAAUUAGAUUGGGACCAUAUAGCUUUCUUCUUCUCUCCUCAAUUUUUUCCCUUUUUUUCUUAUAUUUUCUUAUACUUGGUAUUGGUGUUUGCAUGAAUCAACCAAAACAUGUGAAAGAAUUUUCCUCAUGUGUAGUAAAGAACAAGUACAUGUGUUUGGAAUGGCUAAUUAUAUA